AUGCAGAAAUGUCGGGUUCAGCAGGGAAAUGCAGCCAGUUUUAGGAACUUGGAUUCUGCUCUCGCUGACAGUAACCUCGACUCUGACUUAAAGCAACAAAUAAUCACUCAUCUAAGUGACUUGAAAGCAGAAUUCAUCAGAUACUUCCCAGAUAUAGAUGACAAGCGUGAAGCCUGGAAAUUCGUCAGGAACCCAUUUCAAUGUGAAGUAGCUGAUGUUGCUGAUGAAGUCCAAGAAGAGUUCCUAGAAUUGAAGUUCAACUCUACAGCUAAAGAAGACUUCAAAGAUAUGGAUUUGGAGACGUUCUGGGUCAAAUACCUUCCUGUUUACCCUCUGAUCUCACAUCAGGCUCUUCGGAUUCUAACAAUGUUUGGAUCCACAUAUCUAUGUGAAACUGCAUUUUCCACGCUCGUUGCUAUCAAAACCAAGUACAGAAACCGCCUGAAUGUUGAAGGGGACUUACGUUGUGCACUCUCAAGCAUUCGACUACGUAUUCAAGAUCUGGUAGCUAAGAAGCAGUGUCAAAUAUCUCACUAA